UCCUCUUUUUUUUCCCCCUUCCUUUCUUCCAUCCUUCUGGCGCACGUGUGUUGCGUCGCCCGGCUCUCCGGUCUUGUCUGUUGCGGAAGGAUGGCGGCGAAUACCGGGAAGCUUCCGAUGCGGCUUCUGCGCAAGAAGCUGGAAAAGCGCAACCGCAAGAUCCGCCAGCGCAAUUUGGCCCGGCAAGGAACCGCCGACCAAAGCCUGACCGCGGGGCCAUCGCCUGUGGGAGAAACGCUUGAAAAUGCAAUGGAGAAUGUCUCAGAAGAAGUUUCCAACAUUUUAGAAACAGCAAUGGAAGACCACAAAAUGACAGAUGGGGAAUUGCCUAAUGUAAUAAAAGCUGAGGAACCUGAGUGUAAGCAACCUGGGAUGAAGAAGAAGAAGAAAAAGAAAAGGCAAAUUGAAAAUUGUGCAGAAAAUGGUGGUAAAAAAGCAAAAAUUGACGAAGAAGAGGUUGAAACACAAGAGGCUUUACCUGGGAAUCUCGAAGAAGAAAAUGUUGAUGGUCUGACUGAAGAAGAAGCUUCUCAUGAUGCUGAUGGACCUGUCUUACCUCUGGGUUUAACAGGUGCUUUUGAGGACACUUCCUUUGAGUCUCUUAGUGACCUGGUCAGUGAGAACACAUUGAAAGGGAUAGCAGACAUGGGAUUUACACACAUGACAGAAAUUCAGCAUAAAAGUAUUAAACCGCUUUUGGAAGGCAGAGAUAUUUUAGCGGCUGCAAAAACUGGCAGUGGCAAGACUCUUGCAUUUCUCAUUCCAGCCAUAGAACUUAUCUACAAGUUAAAAUUUAUGCCUAGAAAUGGAACGGGUGUCCUCAUACUUUCACCGACUCGAGAACUUGCCAUGCAGACUUACGGUGUUAUCAAAGAACUGAUGACUCAUCAUGUCCAUACCUACGGCUUGAUAAUGGGGGGCAGUAAUAGAUCAGUCGAGGUACAAAAACUUGGUAAUGGCAUAAACAUCAUUGUUGCAACUCCAGGCAGGCUUCUGGACCAUCUGCAGAAUACUCCAGGAUUUAUGUAUAAGAACCUGCAGUGUCUGGUAAUUGAUGAAGCUGAUAGAAUUCUAGAAGUUGGGUUUGAAGAAGAAAUGAAACAGAUCAUAAAGCUUCUACCAAAACGUAGGCAAACCAUGUUAUUCUCUGCUACACAAACCCGUAAAGUUGAAGAUCUGGCAAGGAUUUCUCUAAAAAAGGAGCCAUUAUAUGUUGGGGUUGAUGACAAUAAAGAGACCGCAACUGUAGAAGGUCUUGAACAGGGAUAUGUGAUAUGCCCUUCAGAAAAGAGGUUCCUCCUGCUGUUCACUUUCCUGAAGAAGAAUCGAAAGAAGAAGUUGAUGGUGUUCUUCUCUUCAUGUAUGUCUGUGAAAUACCACUACGAACUUCUUAACUACAUUGAUCUGCCUGUAUUGGCUAUUCACGGCAAGCAGAAACAAACUAAACGCACAACCACAUUUUUCCAGUUCUGCAAUGCGGAUUCUGGAAUACUGUUAUGCACAGAUGUAGCUGCUCGUGGGCUGGACAUUCCAGAGGUUGAUUGGAUAGUUCAGUAUGAUCCACCUGAUGAUCCAAAGGAAUAUAUUCAUCGUGUUGGGAGAACAGCCCGUGGAAUCGAUGGAAGGGGACAUGCCCUGCUCAUUUUACGGCCAGAAGAACUGGGAUUCCUGCGUUACCUCAAGCAAGCCAGGGUGCCAUUAAGUGAAUUUGAAUUUUCUUGGUCUAAAAUUUCUGACAUUCAAUCUCAGCUGGAAAAAUUGAUUGAGAAGAACUACUUUCUCCACAAAUCAGCCCAAGAAGCAUACAAAGCCUAUAUAAGAGCUUAUGAUUCCCACUCUUUGAAGCAGAUCUACAAUGUCAAUAACUUGGAUUUGAUCAAGGUUGCUUCGUCCUUUGGCUUCAAGGUCCCACCAUUUGUAGAUCUCAAUGUAAACAGCAGCCAUGGAAAGAGACUACAAAAAAGAGGUGGAGGUGGCGGCUUUGGCUAUCAGAAGGCAAAGAACGUUCAUAAAUCCAAAAUCUUCAAGCAUAUUAACAAGAAAAAAUCUGACAACAGACAGUUUUCCCGCUGAUUUGCUUAUUCCAUGUUGACUGAACUGGCUGAUUACUUUUCAACCAAUGUACAAUCUUAUUCAUUUAGGGACAGAAUUAUAUGUACAGAUUUCAAAUUAAAGCUCAAUAUUUCCACCUGAUCCGGUCCAUUCUAAUCAUUGUCUUAAUAUGGAAGAAUCCUGUAUGUUGUCUCCCCAGCUGUUCCAUGAGUAGUUGUAAACAAUGGGAUCUGAUCCUGUACUCCAGAUGGCAAAAGCUAAUUUGUAUCUUCUUUGCCGUGCAGGUACCUAUGUAAUCAGAGCUUUCUGGUUGCCUAGAAAUCUUCCAAGAGCAGGUCCCAUGAUCACAGUGUACAGAAUAUUAUGUGUUGUUGUUGUUGUUUACUUUUCUUCUACAAGCUGUUUGAAAUUAUUGGGCAUACUCUGGAAUUUGACUACAAACUAUUGGUUUUUUAAAAAAUGUUUUUUUCUACUAUAAAGAUUUUUACUGGGAUGAUUUUAUUUGUUAACGCAAAGUUUGGCUACUAGGAUCAUACUCUUGAAAUGUUUUAUCUUCUCAGAUCUAGUGAUUCCUUCAGAAUGGCUUUUUGUAACUAGUAAAGGAUGUUUGAAACAGAAAGGACCCUUAUUUUGCGAUUAUAUAAAAUCAUACUUUGGAACCUAUAAAUAAAUUGGGAAAGCUUGUA